AUGGCUCCGCUUAAUAUUUUCUACCAAAAUGUUCGGGGGCUACGAACAAAAACGAGUACUUUUUACAGAAAUGUGUGUGUUAAUAACUAUGAUAUUAUAUGUAUUACUGAAACGUGGCUUUUGGAGGGUAUCUCGGAUUCCGAGUUGUUCGAUAAUCGUUUGGCUGACCUUGUUCUGAAAUAUCCUUCUGAUGCAUUUUUAAUACUUGGCGACUUUAAUCAACCGAAUAUUAAGUGGUGUCAGACAAAUGAUCUCUCUUCUCUCUAUCCGAGUGACAUACAGGGAGAUGUUCAAAGGAAUUUUAUAGACAAUUUGAAUAUCUGUAAUCUUUCACAAUAUAAUUGCUUCCACAAUAUUCACGAUAGGAUUUUGGAUCUUGUACUAUCCAAUAACGAUAUUUCUGUUACCUGCUGCGCUGAUCCCCUGGUAUGCGAAGAUCCCCAACAUAAAGCGCUUUGCAUUUCGGUCGAGUUCGUUCAGUUGCACAGCCUACCCACUCGUCCUCGCUUACAAUAUUUGUACAACAAGGGCGAUUACAAUGCCAUAAAACGAAAUUUGGAUUCCGUGAACUGGGACUAUGAACUGAGGCGUAGAUCCUUUGAAGAUGCUGUAUCGUAUUUCUAUGACACUAUCAACGACCAGCGUAACAUCCACAUUCCAUCAAGAAUUGUAACCAUACAGUCAAAAUUCCCAGUCUGGUAUAAUAGCUCUCUAAUCAAAAUAAUAAAGGAGAAAGCUAAAUAUCAUUUAAAGUUUAAAAAAUAUAAAAACCUCUCGGAUCAUCAUUCAUUUGUCGUUUUACGACAGAGAGUGAAAGAUUUAGAAAAAGAGUUGUUUAACAAUUAUAUAUCUGGUAUAGAAUCAAACAUAAAGCGCAAUCCUAAAGCUUUUUGGGCUUAUGUAAAAUCAAAAAAGCAGUCCAAUUGCUAUCCCUCUGUACUACAGUAUGGAAAUCAUUCAUCUGGGGAUGGGGAUGUUAUAUCCAACAUGUUCAGCGACUACUUUUAUUCAAAUUUUUUGGAACCGAGCGCUGUCAAUAACAACUCACCACCAAUCAACACACAGACCGUACCCGAGGGGGCUGCUUGUUUCGGCACUGAUAUCGGGUCAAUAGAAAUUAAUAGGGAUGAAGUAUAUAGAUUCUUGAAACAUGUGGAUCUAAACAAGUCACCGGGGCCUGACAAUAUUCCACCAGUGUUUAUAGUAAAUUGCGCCGAUAGCCUGACUUUACCACUAUCAAUUUUAUUCCAAUUAUCACUUACUUCCGGAGUAGUUCCCACUUUGUGGAAGUCUGCGUAUAUAACACCUGUACUGAAAAAAGGAUCAAAAGCCGUCGUUGAAAAUUACAGACCUAUAUCUAAGUUGUGUGCAUUCGCUAAAAUUAUGGAAAAAAUGUUUUACAGACAAGUAUAUGCAGCACUGAAACUGGACUUUUGUGAAUACCAACACGGUUUUAUAAAGGGUCGGUCGACUACGUCAAAUUUGAUCCUCUGUAGUGACUUUAUAUCAGACUCCAUGGCUAAUGGAUCCCAGGUGGAUGUUAUAUACACAGACUAUAGCAAAUGUUUCGACAAAAUCGACCACAACAUACUUUUAAGCAAGUUAUCUUCCAUGGGUAUACGGGGUAAUCUAUUCAGAUGGUUCUCAUCGUACGUAGAGAAUCGAUGUCAGACUGUGGUGUUGAAUGGAUACUCGUCAAGAACUAGAUAUAUACCUUCAGGAGUCCCACAAGGAUCGCUUUUGGGCCCACUUCUCUUUAAUAUAUUUGUUAACGACAUCACACAUUGUUUUCAGUCGUCCAAAAUUCUACUGUAUGCUGAUGACAUGAAAAUCAUGAAACAGAUUAACUCUGUCGCUGAUGCACUCUCUUUACAAGAAGAUCUGGACCGCUUUCAAAAUUAUUGUGUACUGAACGGGCUCGACUUGAAUGUAUCUAAGUGUUACAUUUGUACAUUUACUCGCAAACUCCACCCCAUUGCCUUUCCCUAUAAACUUCAAGAUUCUAUUUUAGUAAGAGUUGGAUCUGUCAAAGAUCUGGGAGUUAUAUUUGACAGCAAACUUCUUUUGAUCUGCAUAUUGAGAGCAUCAUUAAUAAAGCCACGAAAGCGUUAG